UUCGUUAGCCAAGAAUUUGUGUCUUUGUCGAUUUGGUCUUGAAGCAAAAAUGGCGCCGACUGUGGUGUUAAUAACUGGCUGUUCGUCCGGUAUCGGGCUGGCUGAAGCCGUCCAUCUGGCCACUAAAUCCAAGCACGACUUUAAGGUUUACGCCACUGUCUUGAAGCUAUCCGAGAAGGGUGACCUGGAAUCGGCCGCAGGUGACGCAGUCGACAAGACACUGUUUAUUCGGGAAGUCGACGUCACCAAGGCAGACACGAUCCAGGCGCUGGUGGACGAGAUUAUACGAGAUAAUGGGAGAAUCGACGUUGUCGUGAACAAUGCAGGGAUUACAUUCAUGGAUGAUAUGUUCUUUGGCGAGCCGCUGGCCUCUCUCGACCAAGCUCAAGCCAUGAUGGACGUCAAUUUGUGGGGUCCAGCGCAGGUCAUAAAGGCAGUGCUGCCGUUCAUGAAGAAGCAGAAGUCUGGCCGGAUUAUUAACACCACCAGUGAAUCGGGCAUAACAGAGUCACCUUUCAUAGGUUUCUACGGAGCAACAAAGUUCGCUUUGGAGGGACUGUCUGAGAGCCUCGCUCUGGUUCUCCGCAAGACUUACAACAUCAGACUGAUCAUUUUUGAGCCGGGCACCGUCUUGACGCCACAGGUGUUAGCCUUAUUGAGCCCCGAAUUCAAACCGGAGUACAUUAGUCACAGUUGGGACGACGGGGCCCGGAAGAAGUUCGCCGAGUUCUGGGAGAAUGACAUGUCUCGACUGAUAAAGGAGAACCAGCAACCCGAGGAGAUAGGUCAUGUGAUCGAGGAGAUCAUCUUGUGUGAUGAGCCGCAUCUACGCUAUCAAUCCUGCGACACCAUCACCAAGAGAAUCGCCAGGAAAGUCAAGGAUACCACUGGCGACUCGGCAUUCAAAGCAUUCCAGUCUAUGCAAUAGCUCAUGAUUGUGUGACCGCUUGGGGGCGCUGUGGCCUCAGCAUUUUGGGGAGGCUUACACAGGCGAGCCGUUAAUGUAAUCGCAACCAGUCAGUCAAUUUCAAAAAGUCUGAGAAUUAUGACACAAAUCCGAACUAAAUGUUUUUUUAAUACAUUUAAAUAUCUGUGUCAAAAAAUCAAAUUGCUUCAGAUCAUUAGGCCUAUAGUAUUUUUUUAGGCCUAUAAUAUUUUCAAAUUAUGUAACGUGCAGGCCUAAUGAAAGUAACGUGUAUAACGAUCAGGAUAAUAAUGAGUACGAUAAUGUGUCGUUUGGGAGACAUUCCCAUAGUCUUGUGGACAACCUUGUUCCAAUUUUAAUGUCAACUAACCCCAAUUUUACCUUAUUCCUACCCACACGAAUUUCGGUAUAUUUAUGUUUUGGACCACGAACAAUCGAUCUAGCCUAUUUGCGACAUUAAACUUUUGCCUUUUAAUAGGAGCUGUGACAUUAGAGAGACAUUGAAAUAUCUCCCUGAUGUCCGGUGUCUCCUUAAGGUAUAACUUAUGACGACAAAAGGUCUCCUUCGGGUACCAUUAACAGGUGUAAUUGAUUAACUUUAUUUGGUACAAAGUAAAAUGACGCAUCGAAGAUUGAGUGCUUGCGAAAUAAGGCUCCAAACACCGACGACAUGUAUAGUGAAGAAAAAUGUUGAAAGCUCCACAUUAUCCAGACAUUUCAAAAUUAAAGAAGAUAAAAAAAGACAAAUACAAAAUCAUUCUUUACUGAAAGUGCAGCAAAAAUUCAACUAAUGUAUUCUUAUUGUUUUUUAUUACAAAAGUGUUAUUCUAUAGACAAAAUUCGUCAAAAUUAAGCACAUGUAUAAUUUUUAAGUGUAACUGAAUUACACAGAAAACAACA